AUGCCUCUGCGCUCCCUCCGCCCCGGCCGCAGCGAACGAGACCUCAAGCGACGGAGCACCCUCGACCCUGCCGGCUUCUUCCACCGGCGCGCCGACAAGGACACGCGCUUCGACAGGUCGCAAGAGAACCUCGACACGAGCCGCAUUGCCGCCUCUGAGGAUGGCUUCCGCCCCACGUCCACCGACACGGCGCGGCCCUCGACCGGCCAUGAUGAUGAUGACGACUCCCCGCCUUCUCCGCCCGUACAGGAACACACGCCCAACACCAAGCGCUUCAGUCUGAUGCGCUUCCGCCAUGCCUCGGACCCCCAGCUCUCUGCCAAGGCAAAGGAACACGCCGCAAGGGACGACGAUGCACCGCCCGUUCCUCGCAUGCCGGGCACUCCUGCGCCGCCCGCCAUCAUCACCACUGCACCGACUGUGGCAGACCACGAGGACGAGGCCAAGAUCGCGCCCAGGCGGAGUAGGAUGCAGCAAUUCGCCCUGCGCAGGCGCUCCUUUGACCCGACGACGUUUGAGAAACCGACCACGCUGCGAAAGUCGAUGGACAAGAAGCGCAAGCCGCUAGGCUUCAAGAAGAGCACUGGGGACCUCUUGGACGAGAAGGAGCGCGCGUCGACGAGCAGCCAUCGCCGGCCGGACGUGCUUGCCGAUUCGCGCGAGUCGGUGGAAAGCGCGAGUUCGCUGGCGCCACCUGCCACCAGGGCCUCCGAGUCGUCGCGAUCAGAUGGAAGCUCCGGCGGACACAUUUCUUUCGAAACUACCUCACGGCCCUCGCACCCGGCCCGCGUUGGCUCUUCACGAUUUGGCUUUGGGCGUCGAAAACAGCGCGCAUCCUUAUUCCCACUCCCUAUGAAGAUCGAGCCUCCGCAAUUCCCCGAUACGGCGCCUGCUACACCACGUGCGUCUACGGGCGCGAGGAGUUCUGCCUCGACCGAUCAUUCAAUCACCGAAAGCCCACCCCUGACCGCGCGUCGAAGCUCAGGCUUGUCAUCGCAUCAAAACUCGAUGAACAUCAGCCGGGAAACUCUCAUUCUACCAGAGCGUGAAGAAGGCGAGACACCUGGACGGUACCUGGAACGAAUCGAGGCGAAUAACUUCGAUAAGAGCGUCGUUGCCAGCUACCUAAGCAAGACCGACGACCCCUUCUUGCUUGCCGUACUUAGAAGCUACAUGCGGAAGUUUGCCUUCUUUGGCGACCCAAUCGACAUGGCGAUUCGCAAGUUGCUCAUGCAGGUUGAACUACCCAAAGAGACACAACAAAUUGACCGUGUCCUUCAGGGUUUCGCCGACCGGUAUCACGAAUGCAACCCCGGUAUCUACAUCAACACAGACAAAGCCUACUUCAUAUCUUUCUCCAUUAUCAUUCUUCACACAGACGUCUUCAACAAGAACAACAAACGGAAAAUGCAAAGGCCCGACUACAUCAAGAAUUCGUCCUGCGAUGGUGUCUCGGCUGACGUCCUCGGCUGCUUUUACGACAACAUUGUCUACACUCCAUUCAUUCACAUUGAAGACGAGGUUGACCUAAAGAACAUCACCUCGAAGAAAAGCAAGAGAGUCGCUGUCCUGAAAGGACCAAUGAACGACCCGGCGCGGAAAGCCGCGAAGGAGCCCAUCGAUCCGUACACAUUAAUCUUUGAAGGCAAGCUGGACGCGCUCCGACCCACGAUCCGAGACGUAAUGCAACUGGACGAUCCGUACAACUACACCGGCACGACUGCGACGCUAGACACCAAGAACAUCUACAAAUUGUUCUCCAAAUACGGCGUGAUACAGAUUGUCUCCUCGCGAUCGAGACCGGAAGCCUUCAUGUCUGAAGCUGCCCAAGAGAAUCCCUUCGGAACCUCGGUCGGCAUCGUCGAAAUGCCAGUGACAAAAGUGGGAGUUUUGUGGAGAAAGGACACGAAGAAAAAGAAGGCCCGAUCGCCAUGGCAGGAAUGGGGCGCCGUUCUCACUCGAUCGGGGUUGUCUCUAUUCCGGAAUUCUACUUGGACGAAGAACUUGAUGAGCCAGCACGAGCAACAUCUCAAACGCGGCGACACAGGCCCGGUCAUAUUCCAACCUGCCCUACCCGACUUCAAGCAAGACCACAUCAUCCCGAUGGACGGUGCGGUUGCGCUUGUCGAUGCCACAUACAAGAAACAUAAGAAUGCGUUUGUCAUGUUCUCCAAGGCAGGCGAGGAGACAUUCUUGGCCGACAACGAGAAGGACCUGAACGAGUGGCUGGGUGUGCUGAAUUAUACUGCUGCGUUUGAAACACUGGGUGUUCGGUCAAGAGGCAUGAUUGGUGGGCUGUACGAAGGCCAGAAGAACCGUGGCAUGCGGCGCCUGGAGUCAUCCCACUCGACCAAGACGAUACCAACAGCCACUGGCGAAGUUACCAUAACAAGUGGUAAGAUCGACAAUCAGUUUGCACAACAGAUGAUGAACGCUAGGAAAGAUCUCAUGCAGGUGCGCAUUACGGAGUCCGAGGACAAGCUCACCAAUGCUAUCAAAGAGCUGGAAGCACGCUUACGAGAUGCAAGACAUCUCCAAAUUCUUGCGCCCAUUCAACCGAAAACUCGCGAACUGGUCAUACACGCUGCCGGUCGGUUAUCAGCCAAGCUUAAGUGGACCCGUAUCGACAUUUGGCGGAUGAAAUGUCAUCGUGACAUACUUGCUCAAGAAUUGGAGGACGAGAGAAAAGGCCUCGCAGAUAAACAAGCGCAAGAUGACCAGCCCUCGGAAUUUAUUCAACAGCCGCAAGUCUCGCCUCAACAGUUGUCGCACAGAGCGUCAAAAGUUAGCGGACUAGCGCGGUUGACUUCCAAGACCAGCUCAAUGAACAGCGGCAACAAGCAAGCUCCAUUGUCUCCUACCUCACCGGGCCGUCCAGGGACCAAGUCCUCUAGGGAGACUGAAUUCGGUGGAGAUGAAGCAUUCAAGACACCACCGGAGACAUCUCGGCAGUCGAGCCCCAGGGAUCCAUCGGCCCAAUUUCAACCUGGGCCUAUGUUUGGCCCUGGCUCAUCUGAUCGUCGAAGCUCAUUUGCGAGCUCCUCGGCACAUUCUCCGAGGAUGUAUCCCUCCGAUCACAGGCCUUCAAUAUCAACGACUGGCGAUGGCACAAUAGGCUCCGAUUCUGAUUCUGACUCUGAGGACGGGUCUCGGUACGCGACUCCACCUCCAGGCGAGGCGGGUGAUUUGGAGCCCAUGUCACCAGAGCCGACACCUGGAGAGAGAGCCCGACCAGAGCCUGUCGUUGAUUCUGACUACGAACAAUCCCUUGCUGCUUUGACAGGAUCGCCCAGGUCUCACACUAAGCAAAGAAGAAGUCUACAGCGCACUCUUCGAGAGUCCCGUGGCAGCUCUUCUCACCGCCGCAGCCACAAGAGCAGAGACUCGUCGUCGACAAUCACACUCGCGAGUGACAAUACCGAGAGCGAGGGACUGGCGCGCGGCAAGGGCAGCUUUACAGUCCAUGGCAAGAAGGCAUCUGUGAUCCAAUUCGGCUCCGACUGGCACAACACCACAGCCGAAGAGCGCUUGGCGGCGAAGAAACAGCUCCAGGAGGCUGCCGAAGCGAUCUCUGCCGAUGAGCGGGAUGGCACGGCAGCUGCGCUUUCUCCAGGAAGCGAAGACAAUGACCCCGAGUCUGACAUGAGCGACAUUGCCGAAGAGACGCAACGAACGUCCGACGACCAACCAACGAUGAAGGGCAAAGACCCUGUUACCGAACACGUGGAACGGCCUAUACAUAAUCUCGAGGCCUCACCAGCCUAA